UUUCCUUGCUAGUGUAGGUCACGACUCCCCUUUUGGCACACAUCUCUUCGAUGUGUGCAACCCGGGACUUACGAAAUGGCUGUACUAUGAUACCAUGGGCAUUGCCCAAGAACGUUCCAUUAAUUCAAUGCACUAGGCGCAAUGCGUCAUCUUUUCUACCAAAAAAAAGAGAGAACUGGGCCUGCCAAAUUGAAAUAUUGGGCUGCACCAACCACCAAACCCAAAGCCCAACAGAGGUUGAAUAAAACGCGCUCUGUUCUUCAUCUUCUGCUCUUCCCAAAUCCCACCCGCCCCUAAAGACCUAAACCAUGUCUUCAGAUUGCAAUCGCCGUCGCCUGGAGACAAUCCCGGCCGCAGCCGUCGGCGGAGAAAAAGAAGUAGACCGGAUAUCGGGAUUACCGGACGAGAUCAUCCAUAGGAUUCUCUCACUCGUAGACCCCCAAAAGGAAGCUGCAAAAGCCAGCGUCCUGUCCCAUAGAUGGUCCAAGCUCUGGCGGUCUUACCCAAUCCUCGAGUUCCACAAUACCCAAUUCGCUUCGACCGAAUCGGCGGAGAGAUUCGCCGCCGCCGCGUCGGAAAAGUUCAGUCCUAGUAUCGCCGUGGAAGCCGUUAGAAUCAAGUUCAAUCAUCAAAAAGAGUGGGACGUAAACUUCUGCUCUGCUUUCCUCGAUAACAUGUUGGAUUUGGCUGCAAAGAGAUCUCCCUUGCCCCAAGAGAUCGACAUUGAAGCGGAAUUUGAUCGCAAGACUCACAGCCAUGUCAAUUUCGAUGGUUCGGGGACGUACAGCAUCCCACGGGGCUUACUGCUACCCAGAUCCAAUUCCAACCCUAACCAUCGAUUUCGCCUCAAAAUUCUCAAGUUGGUCAACUGCAAUUUCGAUCGGUUCAAGGAUAUCGAGAUCAACAGCAACCAUUUCUCGGGCCUGGGCAGCUCCCUCAGGCAGCUCUUCCUCACCCAAGUCAGCUUCCCCGCCGGCUGUCAGAUUCUCAAUAGCAUCAUUGCCGGUGCCUCACUCUUGCAGGAAUUGUUUCUGUGCGUGGUUCCGGGGAUUUGGAGGCUUCAGUUUCGGAACCUUGGCAACCUGAAAGUGCUUGACAUUCACGAAUGCCCAGUGGAGUAUUUAGAGAUCACAGGAGUCCACUCUCUGGAAACCUUGUGCAUCACUGAAGCCCCAUUGGGAGGUGAUUUCGUGGUAUCUCCAAUGCCGAAUCUCAAAUCACUGAACAUUCACGAUGCAUGCCAAUUGACGCAGGAAAAGUUCGAUGAAUUGAUUUCCAAGUCUCCAUCUUUGGAGUCACUUUCUGUGGGAGGUCUUGCUAAAGUACAAGAACUGAAGAUUUUCAAUGCUGACAAGCUUUGGCGUCUUGGUCUGUCUUGUUGGGCUCAAUUGCGGGCGAUUGAAAUGAAGGCUCCAAAACUGUGUGAUUUCCGAUACUCAGGAAGGAUUGAUUUCUUCAUUAAAUUUUUAGGCGAGGUUGGUAGCUAUCGCAAGGAAGCUCGUCAAUCUCUGGAAGCACGAUACUGGAGCUUUGGAACUGAUGAAAAAGAAUUCCACGCUUUGAGAAAAUUUCUUGCGCAACUAACACAGUUUUGGUUUCGCCUAACUCUUGAUUUCUACUUUCGAGAAAGCUAUGAGCAUCGCUGGGAAGAAUUUCAGGAAAAGUCGCCUAUUCCAAGAGUUGAACAUAUACAAAUCGAGUGGGAUUUCUCAAUAUUGAUCAACAAAGAUGCUUUUUUUGACGACCUGUUUCAGAAUUUUCAUCCUAACUAUUUAAGUUUCACUCGAGAAGAAUAUUCGUAUUCAACGUCAACUGAGGAUUACUUAGUGGCGGUCGAGUAUGUAUGUAAGAAGUUCAUGGAGAGAAAUUCGAAUAAUCAUUGUGGAACAACAUGUAAGUGUUGGCAUCACCAAUUCAAAGACAUGAAGAUUAUAAAGAGAGUUAGAGAUGGCAGAAUCAAAGUAGAAGAUGGUGACAAAGUUAUGGACAUUUCACCGGAUACAUGUUCGUCUUUUGCUGAAGCAAAACAAAUUUUGCUUCUAUUGAUUUGGGAUUAAAUUUGAAGUAAUUAUGCUAUAGUUUUGUUGCGAACAAUUUUAUUUAUACUUAUUAUCAGUCUUUUGUACCUACUAUCUAUCUCAUUAUAAUAGAAUAAUAGAUACUAAUUAUAGUCUUUCUUUUUCAAUUGAAUUUUGAGCUAUACUACUACUAUAUCAAAUAUUCCUUUUUGGUUCACUAACCAGUGUUAGAGCUAAUGGGAAUGGCACCUAUCACACAGUUAACAAAACCAAUAAUGGGGAAAUGCGAGGAGCAACAGCAGCUUACCAUUGGUGGCGGUGAAGAACACCAAAUUGAGAUCAUUCAUUUGACAAGAUAUUGUUCAAUUCACUUUAAUUUCAAUUUCGGUAAACUUGACGAGGUAAUUAAAUGAUUAGUUGACCGUCCAACUUGACGGUUAACUCAUGAGUUCGACCAAAUUAGUCUAUAUAGUGAAUAGUUUAUAUUAGAAUAGAAGGUACUGGCCAAAUUAGUAUAUUAGUAUAUAGUUCGGACCAGUUUAAAGUAUUGACUAUUUUCAUUAUGACAUCAAUAUCAUGUGUCAUACAUGACAUAAACAUAUUAGGUUAUGUCAUUUAUAAAUUAUUUUAGAGAGUUCAACUAUUUAGAAUAAUUGAGUUGAGUUCGAGGCAAAAUCCUGAUCUUAUUGAUGAGUCAAACCGAGUAGAUCUAGUGAGCUCAUUAAUAAGUCGGGCUUGAGUCAAAAUCGAGACAAACAUGAUUCAAUGUUUUAUUAAACAAGCCUAACUAGAAAUAGACAAAAUUCAAUUUGGCUCGACUCCUUUGCAGUCCUAGGUGAACCUGCACAAUAUCAAGUCAAACUCUGAUAUGUUAAUUAAAUUAUCAAUUUACUCAAUCCACGAAGCCGAUGUUCUUUAUGUUUCCCACCUCCCCCCAUCUAAGGCCUAAACCAUGGGGAAACGCAGCCGCCGGGAGACCAAUGGCUCUGGAGAAGCUAAUCAAAUCCGGAUAGUAUCCGUAGACGCGAAGAGAAACUCCAAUCUCCAAAAGCCAAAGAUGAGCAAGACCAAAUCGGAUCAAAAUGACUAGAGAGAAGAGAGAUUAGUUUUCAAAAUAAAGAAGAGAGGUAAUUCCUAAACACAUAGGAAUACUAGUAACUGCAUUUUGGAUACUAGUUUUGCAUUUUGGGCUGAGCCUAUCACUAAGCCUAAAGCCCAACGGAGGUUGAAUUUGAUCUUCUUCUAGUGAAGUGCAGAACUGGCAGUAGAGGUUGAAUAAAAAAACCCUCUGUUCUUCAUCUUCUGCUCUUCCCAAAUCCCACCCGUCCCUAAAGGGAAAAAAUCCCAGAAUACUCAAGUUAUUAAAAAAAAAUUUCCCUAAAUACAGUAAUUAUAAACUUAUUUCCCAAAGUACAGCAGUUUCCAUAUCACUGUCUUUGAUGAAGACAGUGAUUAUAAUCACCGCUUUCGUAGACAACGGGGAAGUUAUCACCGCUUUCGAAAACAACGGGGAAGGUAUAACCGCCGCCGUCCAAAACGGUGAUUGCCUCACCGCUGUUGUCCAAAACGGUGAUUGCUCCACUACUGUUGUGCAAAACGGUGAUUACAUCAUCGCCGUCGACCAAAACGGUGAUAUUUGACCACGUUUUAGAGCCCUGGUAGGUGGAAAAUUAGGUCACAGCGACCUAGCUAUCACCGUUUUGGACAAAAGCGGUGAUGUGUUCACCGCAAUUGUCCACUGCAGUGAUUAGCUGACAUUUUUCCUUAUAAAAACCAACCCCCACGUCCCUCCUGCUGCCUUCCAGCAAAGUAGUACAAAAAUUAGUGUUUUCUGGUCGUUUUCUCAGCUGGUUUGGAGUUGGUUUACUGCUCAAGAAACUCAUCGGGAUUCG